GUUCGGGAAAAAGCAGAGAAAAUUUCCAGUCGCCGUCGUCAACAUUCUCCUUUUUGGUACACGGACGAGAACGAAAGAGCGAAAGAGAAGAUGAACGUUGUUCACGGUUUGAAGAGGAUUCCUCGCAUCAAAUUUCCACAGCGUCAUGUCAAUCCUUCAGUCUCAGAGGGAAAGACUCAGGUGGCAAAUGAAGCUGAUACAUUGUUCUUCUCCAAUUUGAACAUCCAAAAGACUAUAGGCGGGAAGGCGUCAUCGCAGCCAAAGCGUACGCCAGUUUCUAACGAAGAAAUGGAAGCCAUUUUGUUGGGAGGCUGCCUCUGAUCAUUCAACAUGAUCUGUUGACAAGAAAUGGUGGACCUUUUCUUAUCUUUACCAUUUACAGAAUAUACCCAAUAGUCAAGAAACUGAUAUGGUUGAUGUUUACGACAACCAAUGAUACAAUAAAACAACUCCGUUGCAGUCUUAAAAGUUUUUAACUUCUAUACUGAUUCAUCAUUGAUUGAGUGCAUUUGAAUCUCUAUUAA